CCUUUUCAUUCUCCCUCAGCUUCCCAGCUCUAUCUGAUUCCUGUCAUUUGGCUCCCUGGACCAGCAGCCAUGGCUGAUAUGAAAACAGGCAUCUUUGCUAAAAAUGUCCAGAAGAGGCUUAGCAGAGCCCAGGAAAAGGUACUUCAAAAGUUGGGGAAAGCCGAUGAAACAAAAGAUGAACAAUUUGAGGAAUAUGUACAGAAUUUCAAAAGACAAGAGACUGAAGGUACUCGACUACAAAGAGAAAUGCGAGCUUAUUUGGCUGCUAUCAAGGGAAUGCAAGAGGCCUCAUUGAAACUCUCAGAAUCUCUUCAUGAAGUUUAUGAACCAGAUUGGUAUGGGAGAGAUGAUGUAAAAACGGUGGGAGAGAAAUGUGACACACUCUGGGAAGAUUUUCAUCAGAAAUUAGUAGAUGGAGCCUUGAUAACACUUGACACAUAUCUAGGGCAGUUUCCUGACAUAAAGAAUCGCAUCGCUAAGAGGAGCAGAAAGCUGGUUGAUUAUGACAGUGCAAGGCAUCACUUAGAAGCCCUACAAAAUGCUAAGAGAAAAGAUGAAGGAAGAAUCUCUAAGGCUGAAGAAGAAUUUCAAAAGGCUCAGAAAGUAUUUGAAGACUUUAACAUUGAUUUACAGGAAGAACUGCCAUCCUUAUGGUCAAGGCGAAUUGGUUUCUAUGUCAACACAUUUCAGAAUGUAUCUGGCUUGGAAGCAAAAUUCCACAAGGAAAUCACAGUGCUCUGUCACAAGCUGUACGAAGUGAUGACCAAGUUAGGAGAGCAGCAUGCUGACAAUGCAUUUACUAUUCAAGGAGCCCCAAGUGACUCAGGUCCUCUCCGAAUUGCAAAGACUCCAUCUCCCCCUGAAGAGGUCCCACAAGAAGCAAGUCCAUUGGCAAGCCCCAACCACACAUUGGCACCUGUCUCAUCACCAGCCCCUGCACGACCCAAAUCACCCUCACAGCUGAGGAAAGGUCCUCCUGUUCCACCUUUACCUAAACUCACCCCAUCAAAAGAACUGCAGCAAGAGAACAUCAUUAGCUUCUUUGAAGACAAUUUUGUCCCAGAAAUUAAUGUGACAACUCCAUCACAGAAUGAAGCAGUAGAAGAGAAAAAAGAAGAAUCUUUACUAGACUUGGAUUUUGAUCCAUUUAAGCCAGGAGCAGCAACAGUGGGAAUUGUACAGUCCCAUUCACCAAUAUCACAGACAUUACCGUGGGAUCUCUGGACGUGUUUUUGUCCUUCCACACAGACAAACAAUGAAGUUGUACAGCCUGCAUCCACUGGAGUAUUCAAUGGAUUUACACAGCCUGAUGCCUCUGCGCCACUCUUUACAUUGCCGUCAGAAAAAAAUGAAGAGGUGCCUGAUGCCUCUGCACCCCUCUUUACAUUGCCGUCAGAACAAAAUGAAGAGGUGCCUGAUGCCUCUGCACCCACUUUUACAUUGCCGUCAGAACAAAAUGAAGAGGUGCCUGAUGCCUCUGCACCCCUCUUUACGUUGCCAUCAGAACAAAAUGAAGAGGUGGUGGAGUCAGAUGUAGCUGUUCCAUUGGAAACCAAGUCUGAAGAGGCAGAAGCAGAGACAGAGGCAGAAGCAGAGACAGAGGCAGAGGCAGAGGCAGAAGCAGAGGCAGAGGCAGAGGCAGAAGCAGAGUCAGUCACUGAUGUUCCUGCUGAAGAUACUAAGCUUGAUGAACAAACAGAACUGACAGAGAAGUCAGUGGAAGUGGUAGAAGUGGAUGAAGACAGGGCUGAAGCAGACAAAGUCAGUGAGGUAGAAAGUGAGGUGAAACAGGAGAGUCCUGUUGAAAUGGCAGAAGAUAUCAUGGAGGAAGAAAAGGAACCAGAGAUCAUUGAGCCAAAUGAGACAAAGGCACCUCCGGAAAUAACAAUCAUCCCAUCAGUAGUUAUUGAGCCAGCAUCAAACCAUGAAGAUGAACACGACGAUGAUAUUACCACUGAAGUCACAGAUGCUGUAGAAGAGAAAUUUGGAACUGACAGUACCCUAGACUCAACAGAGGAUCAAAGUCACAUUAUGUCUAAUGAUGGAGCAGACAGCAUUAGCAGCUCUCAGAGCAAGCCUGAAGGGUUCCUUUAUAAGGCUGAAGUACUGCAUGAUUUUGAAGCAGCUAAUGAAGAUGAGCUUGACCUUAAAAGAGGGGACAUUGUUGUAAUCAUCACUUCGAUAACAGCAGCUGACCAGGAAGCUGGUUGGCUGACUGGUGUAAAAGAGACAGAUUGGCUUCAACACAAGGAUGCAGAGGCCUACAAGGGACUGUUUCCAGAGAACUUUACUCGUAAACUAGAUUAGUUUUGACCUAAGUUUUUAAAGCAGUGAUGGACAUUCAAAAAUGUGGCUUUGUUAACCUUGCUAAAAGGCAGGACCAUUAUAAUCUGCACUGUCACAAUUGCAGACUGGUGCCAGUCCCUUUUUGAAGACUAGUGAAAAAUGAGCAUGAGAAAAAGAAGCUAUAUUCUACAGAACUAUAAAAGGAAAAAGUCCUUGUUUAUUCACUUGUAUGCGACCACUGGUUUGUUUGUGCUUUGUCAGAUCUAUGGUCUUGGUGAACCUCUCCCACAGAGCCACUUAUUAAAGCAUCAGUCCCACUUGCUCAAUGCAAACCAAUGAAGUCAUUAUUCAAAUAGCUCUCUACAUUUACUGCUGCACCAUGCCCACAGAACACAUUAAAACAGUGCUAUAAAGUAUCAGGACUAGAAAUCUGAUAGAACAAAGGACACAGUUGUUGAACUGUGGUUUCAGCAUUCAGCUUCCAACAGCCGAUUCUACAGAUCAGUUUAUGAAAAAUGCAGAACCAGUAGCAUGAAACCCUUCAGUUAAUAUGCUGUGCUUAUCAGAAGCUGAAUGUUCUAACUUGCAGUCACUUUACUAUCCUUGAUUCAUACAUCACUGGCCUCACUCAUUACUAACUAUGCAGGUUUUUAGGAUAUUUUUCACUUGGCACAAAUUGUGCAAAGUGACUGAGCCUCGAAUUUACACAUAUGUGUUCAUGCAGUAUUUCCCUUAAUGUGUACACUGUUUAUAGUGGGAAUACAUUAAAUAAAAUGACUAAAGUGAGACUGAAGCUUUAUUCCUUCCUGCAUUCAAACCUUAACUCUGUGCACUAAGUCUAUAUUGUGUUGAGUAACUGCACUGCAGAGGGUUUUACUCAAAAGCUUAUAGCAAUGGGAGCAGUGUAAGAACUAUACCUAUACAGUUUUAUGUCUUAAAGCUGAGGAACUGCUGCAAAACUCUUUUUCAGUGUACUUUCAGAAUGCAGUAUGUAUCACGUAUUUUGUCCUCUAUUGCAGUUAGAGUCUGUAGUAUCAUGAUGUGUUUUGCUUUAUAUAUUUUUGGCAAUAUGGUGGAUGGUUCUGUUCACUAGAACAGGCCUAAUUUCCGUUGCCAAAAGUUAAAUGAUUUGUGAUGGUAAAUAAUGUGACAUUUUCAUUAUAUUACGAACAACCAGUCGCAGUUUCUUAUAGUUUUAAACAAGGUUAGCAUUAUGUAUCUUCAGGAAGGAGACUAUAUUUUACCAGCAUCCACUUUCAUCAAUGCAUUAAAAAUAUAUGAUAUAUCCUAUAUGAAAAAUAUAUCUGUAUAUUUUAUGUUUUAUCAGUGUUGUGUCAUCUCUAAUAAACUUUAUGUUAAUUUA